AUGGCAUACAUCUCGCAGACCGGGCCUACACAGCGUCACACCGACAACUGGCAGAGCUCACACUCACGAUUCGACAUAAAUGGCCAGGGCAAUGGCAGUAUCACAGACAAGAUUAGCGAUGUCUUUGGCGGCGAUCGGAAGAACUCACUACCAAUGUACAAGGAUAAACCAUUCCAAUAUCCGGGCGGGAGGAGGAAGAUGCCGUGGUAUAGACAAAAGAGGAUCAUAGCAGUGGCGUUGCUUAGCCUGGCUCUGUUAUCGUGGUGGUUCGGGAUACUAUCGCCGCUUUCGUACGUGACAGGAGGGUCAGACAAGGCACCAGCAAAGAAGAGCCAAUCGUCUUGGUCAUUAUUCGGAGGAGGCAUCGUUGACUGGGACGAUCGGGCACAAAAGGUCAAGGAGGCGUUUCAGCUAUCAUUCUCGGACUACGAGAAGCAUGCAUGGGGCGAUGACGAAUACCAUCCGGUCGCGAAAGAUGGCAAGAAAAUGACACAAGAAGGUCUGGGCUGGAUAAUAGUCGAUGCGCUGGACACAAUGAUGCUCAUGAAUCUGACGACCGAGCUGGAGCAUGCUCGCCAGUGGGUGCGGCAUAACCUUACAUACGACCAGGAUCAUGAUGUCAGCACGUUUGAGACCACUAUACGAAUGCUUGGUGGGUUGUUAUCAGCGCACUACCUUAGCAGUAGCUUUCCAGGCGUGUAUGCGCCCGUCAAUGACACACUCAGCGAUGACAUGUAUAUUGAGAAGGCCGCGGAAUUGGCCGACCGUCUCAUUGGCGCUUUCGAUACACAAUCAGGCGUGCCCCUUGCAAGUGUCAAUCUGCAUACACAGAAGGGUAUUCCAUCUCAUGCUGAUGGUGGCGCAUCAUCUACAGCAGAAGCCACCAGCGUUCAACUAGAGCUAAAGUAUCUGUCCAAGCUCACAGGUGAGACGGGAUACUGGGAGAAAGCCGAGCACGUCAUGAAAGUCGUGGACGACAAUGCCGAACCAGACGGCCUUGUGCCCAUCUUCAUCUACGCCGAUCGUGGUGUAUUUCGGGGCAAUAACAUCCGCCUGGGCAGUCGUGGCGACAGCUACUACGAGUAUCUUAUCAAGCAAUACCUUCAGACCUCACAGCAGGAAGGCGUUUACAAUGAGAUGUGGAAGGAGAGUAUGGCAGGCUUGAAGAAACACUUGUUGACGUACAGCUCGCCGUCGAACUUUACCGUACUGGCGGAGAAGCAGAAUGGCCUGGAACAAGCUCUCACGCCUAAGAUGGAUCAUCUCGUCUGCUUCAUGCCCGGCACGAUCGCACUGGCCACUACAGGCGGACUAACAGUAGCACAAGCGCGCAGAGAGCGUACAUGGGGUUCCGAGCAGGAAGACGACAUGAUCCUGGCCGAAGAGCUUAUGAAGACGUGCUGGGGAAUGUACACGGUCACGGCGACUGGCCUCGCCGGCGAAAUCACGCACUUCAAGCUCCAUGAUCCGCCUCUCAUGUACAACGACUUCGCAUCUGGUGACCGUCCCCGUGGGCCUAAGAGCUUUGAGCGGAUGCCCAAUCUUCCAGGCGUGGACUCUAGACCUGUUGGUACUGACGACUACAAUAUCAAGUCUGCAGAUGCGCACAACCUCCAGCGACCCGAGACCGUGGAGAGUCUGUUCUACAUGUGGCGAAUUACUGGGGACGAGAAGUAUCGGCAGUGGGGAUGGCAGAUGUUUGAGGCUUUCAGGAAGCAUACCAUCACUCCUGAUAGUACAGGCUAUAGCUCCAUCAAUAGCGUGCAGAACGUUCCGACUUCGCUGCGAGACAAUAUGGAGAGCUUCUGGCUGGCUGAAACCCUCAAAUACUUCUUCCUCCUCUUUUCCUCAAACGAUAUACUACCCCUGACAGACGUCGUAUUCAACACAGAAGCUCAUGCCUUCCCGCGCUUCAAACUGGGCAAGCUCUUCAAGACUGGCUGGGAGCGCAAGCCACGGGACGAGUCAGGACAUCUCUUGCCAGUCCCGGACAAAGCAAUUGAAGAAAAGAAGCCAGAGGGCGACAAGCCUGAUCCUCUUGCCGGUGCCGGGCCGAGAAAGAUACAGACCGUGCAUCUCACGUCUACCAAGGUCGUGCCUGCGACCGAAACCACAUUGCUACCGCAGAGCGUAGACGUGGCGAACUCGCAGACAGAGACGGAUAGUGAGGCUGCUGAGACGGCCGUUGUGCCUGUAGUCGCGGAUCCGGCAGUGGAGAUGGUCACGUAG